AUUAACGAGUGACAGGCUUAAUGACUAACACACCUCUAACAUUUCAUCUCUAGCUCAGAUGAAAGAGAAUGGGACUUCUUGGUACCGACUGUUUUUCCUGUGCCUCAACUGGUUUCUUUUAGGGAGCUACAAAUUUACGUGUCCACUGAUGAUUGAUGUUUUCAUCCAGCACAAUGGACAGAAGUCUAAGGAACGUCCUUGUGAUUUCCUUUGGGUUUCUGCUUCUCUUUACAGCCUAUGGAGGUCUGCAGAGCCUGCAGAGCAGCCUGUACAGCGAGGAGGGCCUGGGUGUGACAGCGCUCAGCACCCUCUACGGAGGCAUGCUCCUGUCCUCCAUGUUCCUCCCGCCGCUCCUCAUCGACAGGCUGGGCUGCAAGGGGACCAUCAUCCUCUCCAUGUGUGGCUACGUGGCCUUCUCCGUGGGUAACUUCUUCGCCAGCUGGUACACUUUGAUCCCCACCUCCAUACUGCUGGGACUCGGGGCCGCCCCGCUGUGGUCUGCGCAGUGCACAUACCUCACAAUCAUGGGAAACACACAUGCAGAGAAGGCGGGAAAGCGCGGCAAAGACGUGGUGAACCAGUAUUUCGGCAUCUUCUUCCUCAUAUUCCAGUCGUCCGGUGUAUGGGGCAACUUGAUCUCAUCGCUGGUAUUUGGCCAGACUCCCAGCCAAGAUACCCUCCCAGAAGAGCAGCUCGUGUCCUGUGGGGCCAGUGACUGCCUGAUGGCCACCGCAACCACCAACAGCACCCAGAGGCCCUCCCAGCAGCUGGUCUACACCCUCCUGGGCAUCUACACUGGCAGUGGUGUCCUGGCUGUCCUAAUGAUAGCUGUGUUCCUCGAACCCAUACGAGAUGUUCAACGGGAAAGUGAAGGAAAGAAGAGAUCACCGCCUUUCUGGUCCACUUUACUGUCGACUUUCAAGCUAUACAGAGAUAAACGUCUGUGCCUCUUAAUUCUGCUGCCACUGUAUAGUGGAUUGCAGCAAGGAUUCCUCUCCAGCGAAUACACAAGGUCCUAUGUCACCUGCGCCCUGGGCAUCCAGUUCGUCGGCUACGUGAUGAUCUGCUUCUCGGCCACCGACGCGCUGUGCUCCGUGUUGUAUGGGAAGGUCUCGCAGUACACGGGCAGGGUUGUGCUCUACGUGCUGGGCGCGGUGACCCAUGUGUCCUGCAUGAUUGCCCUCCUGCUGUGGAGACCUCGUGCUGACCAGCUGGCAGUGUUCUUCGUAUUCUCAGGCCUGUGGGGCGUGGCAGAUGCCGUCUGGCAGACACAAAACAACGCUCUCUACGGCGUUCUGUUUGAGAAGAGCAAGGAAGCUGCCUUCGCCAAUUACCGCCUGUGGGAGGCCCUGGGCUUCGUCAUUGCCUUCGGGUACAGCACAUUUUUGUGCGUGCGCAUCAAGCUCUACAUUCUGCUGGGGGUCUUGAGCCUGACCAUGGCGGCGUAUGGGCUUGUGGAGUGGGUGGAGUCCAAGAACCCGAUCAGACCCCACGCUCCAGGACAGGCGAACCAGGCAGAGGAUGAAGAAAAAAUACAAACAAAAAUGUGAGAGCAGCAAGGUCCAAGGAGGAUGAACUCAGAAGGCACCAGCCAGAGAGUUUUCUUAGAAGAUGCCUCAGGACAUAGAGCGGCUCCUCAUCACCAUCUCAGCACAAUUUGGCCAUUGUGAAGAUAUCACAUCAUUUUACUCUUUAUGUAUUUUUUCUAUUCUAACAGACUGUUAGUCCACCAUCUUAUUAACAGAGAUCAAGUGUGCACAUGAAGGUAUCUGUCAAUUUAAUUUUAGAUACAAAAGAGAAAAGUAUAAUCAGCCAAUUAGAAAUUGCCUGAAAUCAUAGACUCACCCUAGUUUUAUUGCUGUAGUUGUUUUUAAGAAUUGGAAAACUGCUUAAAACAAUGGGUUUAUUAUGGCGUUAUAGUCUAACCCCAUAAUUUUACAAAUGGGCGAACUUUUAAACUUCUAACUCUACUUGGAUUAAAAGCUCAUACAUUUUACAAAGGGGUCCUGACAAGUCAGCUGACUCAACCUCACAGAGUCAGGGGGUGACAAAGCCAGACUGGGGCUCAGGAUUUCUGAAAUGUGUGGGGUCUGUGUUUCUAAAUAAAGGCAGUUAUUUCACGGA